AUGAGCAAGGAUCACAAAGAUAAGAAGAGAAAGCACUCUGAUGAGGCCACAGAGGAGGUAGAAAAGAAGACAAAGGUGAGCAAGAAGGAAAAGAAAGAUAAGAAGGAAAAGAAGGAAAAGAAGGACAAGAAGGAAAAGAAGGAUAAGAGCGAGAAGAAGGAUAAGAGCGAGAAAAAAGAGAAGAAGGAGAAGAAGGAAAGCGAAGAUGUUCCAACCAAGAGCAGUGCAGUUGUUUCCACCGGUUACAGCCAAUCACCAGCAUUAACAAAGUUACCUCAAUCUGAGAUUGAUUCAUUUUUGCAAGAGAACGAAGUGACGGUUGAAGACCCACAUAACUUGGGUUUGCGUCCAUUAUUGGGAUUCGACCAGAUCGACUUAGACUCGAGAAUCGCGAGUGUUAUUUCUAAGUUUCCUACGCCUACACCAAUUCAGGCGGUAUCAUGGCCAUACUUGUUGAGUGGAAAGGACGUUAUUGGUGUCGCAGAAACCGGUUCGGGAAAGACCUUUGCAUUCGGGGUGCCAGCCAUAAAUAAUAUUUUGACCCACGACAAGAAGGGCUUGAAGGUUUUGUGUAUUUCGCCUACCAGAGAAUUGGCCCUUCAAAUCUACGACAACUUGGUCGACUUGACUGCCAACACCCCACUCAAAUGUGUAGCCGUGUAUGGUGGUGUUUCUAAGCACGAACAAGUCAGCAGCUUGCGUAACGCCAGUGUUGUUGUUGCUACCCCAGGUAGAUUGAUUGAUUUGUUAAACGAUGGAGCUUUAUCUUUAGACUCAAUUGAAUAUUUGGUUUUAGAUGAAGCUGACAGAAUGUUGGAAAAGGGUUUCGAACAGGAUAUUAAGUCUGUGAUGCAACAAACUAACCAUGCUAACAGACAAACCUUGAUGUUCACCGCUACCUGGCCAAAGGAAGUCAGGGAAUUAGCUUCUACAUUCAUGAAUAGUCCAGUUAAGGUCAGUAUUGGUGACAGAAACGAAUUGUCUGCAAACAAGAGAAUUACCCAAAUCGUUGAAGUUAUUGAACCAUAUGACAAGGAAAAGAAAUUACUCUCAUUGUUGAGAAAAUACCAGUCUGGAUCUAACAAAGACGACAAAGUCUUAAUUUUCGCCUUGUACAAAAAGGAAGCAACCAGAAUCGAAAACUUAUUAGUUAGAAACUCGUUCAAGGUUUCUGCUGUGCACGGUGAUUUGUCUCAACAACAAAGAACCAGUGCCUUGGGUGCUUUCAAAGCCGGUAAGACCACCUUGUUAUUAGCAACAGAUGUCGCUGCCAGAGGUUUGGAUAUUCCUAACGUUAAAGUCGUUAUCAACUUGACCUUCCCAUUGACUGUUGAAGAUUAUGUUCAUCGUAUUGGUAGAACUGGUAGAGCCGGUCAAACAGGUAUCGCGCACACCUUAUUCACAGAACACGAAAAGCACUUAAGUGGUGCCUUAAUGAAUGUCUUAAGAGGUGCCAACCAACCCGUUCCCGAUGAAUUAUUAAAAUUCGGGGGACAUACAAAAAAGAAGGCACAUUCUGCCUACGGUGCGUUCUUCAAAGAUGUUGACAUGACCAAGACUGCUAAAAAGAUUAAAUUCGAUUAA